AUGUGGCUUCUACCUAUUUCUUUGAUCGUCUUUUCAUUUUCUCUUAAGUCAUCCUCAGCUAACAAACCUUCUCUUUCUUUGAACUGGGAUUUCCGGCGGCGACUCGAUGAGGCUGAUAAUGAGGGGCCGAUAACAGAUGUCCGCCACCGUGACAAGGGUAUCAUCAACAAAUAUCAAAGCGAAAAUAAACAGAGAAGUAACCCCAACGCAAACUACAUUAACCUUUCAACAACAGCAACAGGUAGGGUAAAGCAAAAUUUGUCGCAACAGAAUUUCCGUACAAGUGAUUCUAGCAGAACAGAUGACGCGAAAGACGCGAGGGCACAUAAACUACACAUAAUAACCAAUGGCCGCGAAAGUGGUGCCGUUUGCCUUGACGGAAGCCCCCCCGGAUUUUAUUUUCGCAGAGGAAGUGGCUCGGGAAAAUCAAAGUGGAUUGUUUACUUUCAGGGGGGCGAAUGGUGCUACCGUAUCGAGGGAUGUUAUGAAAGAAGUGAUACGGCGCUUGGCUCGUCCAAAUUAUUCUGCAAAACUAUUCUCCUGGAGGGACUCCUUUCUAACCAAGCUAAAUUCAAUCCCAAUUUUUACAACUGGAACUCGAUCUUUGUGGCAUACUGCGAUGGUGGGUCUUUCACUGGGAAUCGCGAUAAGCCAUUGAAAUAUAAAGACAAACUUCUCUAUUUCCGAGGUCACCGAAUACUUGAUGCUCUCUUGGACGAGUUGCUCCGAAGAGGUCUCGACAUUGCUUCCGAUGUAAUCGUCGGUGGGAGAUCGGCUGGAGCCCUUGCAGCCAUUAUACACGCCGACUACAUCGGGUCGCGUUUACGACGCACGACAAACGCGUCUUUUCGAGUGCUUCCUGAUGCAGGUUUUAUCUUGGACGAACGCGCGUUGAAUGGGUCUGCAAUGGCACGAUUGAUGUUUCAGCAGAUGUACUCUUUGCAUAAUGCUUCAAAUUGUUUAAGUAGAGCUUGCCUUCGCGCGCAAGGGUCGCAUGAUAAAUGGCGCUGUUAUUUUCCUCAAUAUUCUAUUCCUUUCGUCAAUUCUGCGAUGUUUUUAGUAAAUCCCUUGUACGAUAUAUGGCAAUUGUAUUAUUUUUCCGAAAUGCUUUGCGUAUUUAAUGUAAAGAAGUGCAACUCGACCGAAAUGCAUUUUAUUAUGGAGUUUCGAACUAAGACACUUCAUGCUUUGAAAAACGUUUUGUCCUCCAAAACUGCCUCACUCUUCGCAAAUGCUUGUCUUUCUCACACACAGUGCGUCAUGAACGAUUAUUGGACGCAUAUUGCGAUAGAUAACAUCACACUCGAGCAGGCAUUUUUCAACUGGUAUCGUGGAAGAGAUCAAAAGAAAUUCAUGAUCGACUGCUCCCCCUUCUCGGGUAACCCCACUUGUCCAAAGUAUUAUCAUUUUUAA